UUAGAGAGGUAUGAUAACCUCGGAGGGUGUAAUUAUAAAUUUUCCUUGAGAAACGUCCCUCUCAAAUCAAAACGGCGGGAAAAUUGGAGGGCGAGCAUAGGCAGCAUGAAGGUGCUGAACGUGGCGGAGAAGCCGUCGGUGGCGAAGGCGGUGGCGACCAUACUGUCAAGGAAUCAAGGGCUAAGGGUGAGGGAAGGAAGGUCCCGCUACAACAAGCUCUUCGAGUUCAAUUAUUCCAUUCGCGGCCAACACUGCCAAAUGGUGGUCACCUCCGUCAUUGGCCACCUCAUGGAGCUCGAGUUCGAAGACCGCUUCCGCAAGUGGCACUCCUGUGACCCUGCCCACCUCUACCACGCUCCUGUCCGCAAGUUCGUCCCCGAGGACAAAUUGGAUAUCAAGAGGACCUUGGAGGAGGAAGCUAGGAAGUGCCAGUGGCUUGUGUUGUGGCUUGAUUGUGAUAGAGAGGGAGAAAACAUUGCAUUUGAAGUGCUUGAGGUUUGCGCUCAGGUGAAUCGUCAUAUCGAUGUGUGGAGGGCUCGUUUCUCUGCUUUAAUUGACAGGGAAAUCCAUGAAUCUGUGCAGAAUCUUGUUCGACCUAAUCAAUUGUUUGCUGAUGCAGUGGAUGUUAGGCAAGAAAUAGAUCUUCGGAUUGGUGCUUCUUUCACUAGGUUUCAGACCAUGCUGUUGAGAGAUGCAUUUGUUCUUGAUUUUGCUGCUGAUGAUAGAAAUCUUGUUCUAAGUUACGGUCCUUGUCAGUUCCCUACGCUUGGCUUUGUUGUUGAAAGGUAUUGGGAGAUACAGUCACAUGAGCCUGAAGAGUUCUGGACAAUCAACUGUUCUCACAAAUCAGAUGAAGGCACUUCUACUUUCAAUUGGAUGCGUGCACAUCUAUUUGAUUAUACUUGUGCUGUUAUAAUAUAUGAGAUGUGCAUUCAGGAACCUACUGCAACUGUCACAAAAGUUAGACAGCAGGAGAAGCUGAAGUAUCCUCCACAUCCUUUAAAUACUAUCGAGCUUGAAAAGCGUGCAUCAAGAUACUUCCACAUGAGUUCUGAACACACCAUGAAGGUGGCGGAGGAUCUGUACCAAACUGGUUUCAUCAGCUAUCCUCGCACAGAGACUGAUUACUUUUCCGAGAGAACUGAUUUGCAUGGAAUUGUGCAAGAACAACUUGGGCAUCCCAUAUGGGGCUCCUAUGCACAACGGUUGUUGGACCCUGGGGCAGGACUCUGGAGAAACCCUAGUAAUGGUGGCCAUGAUGAUAAAGCCCACCCACCCAUUCACCCAACAAAAUUCUCUGCUGGAGAAUCUGGAUGGAGUCAAGACCACCAGAGAUUGUAUGAGUUGGUUGUUCGCCAUUUCUUGGCAUGCGUUUCACAGCCAGCUGUAGGUGCUGAGACAAUUGUUGAAAUUGAUAUUGCCGGUGAAUCAUUUUCUUCAUCAGGGAGAGUGAUAAUAGCUAAAAAUUACCUAGAUGUUUACCGGUUUGAAUCAUGGGGAGGCUCUAUGAUCCCAACAUAUGUCUUUGGACAACAGUUUAUUCCAACAACAUUGACUCUUGAUUCUGGAGUUACUAGACCACCCCCACUUUUAAGUGAAGCUGAUUUGCUAAACUGCAUGGACAAGGCUGGCAUUGGUACAGAUGCAACAAUGCAUGAUCACAUAAAAAAGCUGCUGGAUCGGUUUUAUGCAACUAAGGACUCAAAUACUCGUUUCUCACCAACAAAUCUUGGUGAAGCGCUGGUAAUGGGUUAUGAUGACAUGGGGUAUGAACUCUGGAAACCAUAUCUUAGAUCAAUGAUGGAAUGUGACAUGAAAGCAGUCAGUAUAGGCACAAAAAGGAGAAAUGAAGUUUUAACAACUUGCUUGGAGCAGAUGAAAGCUUGCUUUUUAGAUGCAAGGCUGAACAAAGUAAAACUCUUAGAAGCCAUGGCACUUUUCUUUGAGAGAUCUAAUAGAUCUAGUGGGGAUGAGCAGCAUGAAGUUGGAGAUGUUGUUCGACAAUGCACUCUUUGCCAGGAAUCAGAUAUGGUCCUGAGGCGAAAACCAGACCAAGACUUGAGGAAGAUGAUUGGACUUGCUAAGCAUCAGAACAGGCUAUGCUACUUUGAGACAUCAAGCGAGUCAUCUGAUGGCAAUUUCAUGGUUGGAUGCUUGGGUUAUCCACAGUGUAGGAAUGUUGUCUGGCUUCCUGGAUCCAUAUCAGAAGCAGCCAUUACCACUAUUUCUUGUAACCAUUGUACUCCAGGUCCUGUUUACAAGAUUCAAUUUAAGUUUCGCCGGCUAGAAAUUCCACCGAAUUACAAUAUCGAUCAUUUGGGUUGUGUUUGUGGCUGUGAUGAGAUUCUUAGACAGUUGACAGAAAUUUGCGGAACUGGCUCCCGCAUUUGUUCUACUGUACCAGCAGCAAGAGGGCGAGGAUCAAAUGCAUCUUCCACCAAUGCACAACGAAGUAAUACUAGGCAGACUGCUUGCAUUCACUGCAGCCAAACAGGGCAUUCUUCAAAUGAUUGCCCUUCUCGGGUUCCGCGCUCUCGGAAUUCUCAGUCUCAUCGAACAAAUAUGCCAAGCGGAGAAUCUUCAAUUCCAUGUAAUGUAUGUGGAACACCUUGCAUAUUGCGGACUGCCAACACUGAAAAUAACAGGGGAAGAAAGUUCUACUCAUGUCAAUCUCAGGAGUGCAACUUCUUUGUAUGGGAGGAUAGCCUCAACAGCAGCAGUGGGGGAAGAAGUGCUCAACCUGCAACUGCCAGGAGCUCAGCGUCUAAUCCCAGCAGGAGGGGUGGCCGAGGCAGAGGUGACCGUGGCAGGGGUCGUCAGAGUGGAGCACGCACCAGCGACACCACUUUCGUGUCAGCAACUGGUGAUCCUGUAUCUGGUAGAAGAUGUUUCGUUUGUGGAGAUCCAUCACAUUUUGCAAAUGUCUGCCCUAAUCGAGGAAUGUGACUGAAGAAGCUCCUCAUUUUGGUAUCAUCUUUCUAGACUGGUGGCAGCUUCUGAUGUAGGGGAGAAGAGAUUUUUGGUGCCUCUUGCCCAUGCGGUUCUUGCACCUAAACUUGUAAAUACUUCAAUGUUUUGCUCGAUUUAUUGCCAAAAACGGUUCAUAUAUAUAAAAGCAUAUUGUCAAAUUA